GAAAGCAUUUCUGUUACCUUACCACUGCCAGCUUUUUAAAAAAGAAGCAUAUGUUUGUCUACCAAUAAAACUUCACAUCACCCCUUUCACAUAUUCAAUUCAAUUCAAUUCAAUUCAGCUGCUCCCUCUCUCUCUCUAUCUCUCUCUCUCUCUCUCUGGUCUUUAUCAUUUUCAAGCAAAUUCAAGUCACACUCCUACCAAUCUCUGUUUUGCCUAGUUUGGGACACACCCAGGUGACUAACUAACCUUAAAUUCUUGAAGAACCCACAGUGUGCAAGAUGCUGUUGAGUCUGAUACAAAGCCAAAGGUUUGCAUGUCCCCUAAUCUUGAAGGAUGGAGUGGUAAUUUGAUAGGUACUUAGCUAGUAAUUAAGCUGCUGCCAAUGGAAAAUGGAGUAGAAUUUUCAUCUCCUUGCAUUUCAAAUGGGAGCAGUAGUAUACCUAUAGCUUCCUAUGCUGGGCAUGAUGAGGGGAGCAAUAAUCUUCAAUUGCUGAGUCUGAGUAGACUUAGCAGUGGCCUUGAAAAGCUGUUGAUAGAUCCCGGUGAAUACGAGGACUACAAUGAUGCUGAUAUAGAGGUUGAGGGUAUUUUGGUGGGGGUAAACCGGGGUAUUUUGGCUGCCCGGAGUCAGUUCUUCCACGAAGAGUUUAAGAAAGCGAAGAAAGAUUGCGAUGGAAAACCGAAGUUUUUGAUGACUGAACUGGUGCCCUGUGGUUGGGUAGGCUAUGAAGCUUUUAUGGUUUUCUUGAAUUAUGUGUAUACUGGAAAGACCAAGGCUUCUCCCCCCGAGGUUUCAACUUGCGUCGAUGAAUCUUGUGACCAUUAUGCUUGCCGCCCCGCCAUUGAUUAUGCUGUCCAACUUAUGUAUGCUUCUGCCACUUUCCAAAUUAAAGAACUCGUUAUGCUUAUUCAGCGACACCUUGAUUGGCUCGUUGAUAUUGCUGCCAUAGAAGACGUGAUUCCAAUACUAUUGGUGGGCUUUCGCUGCUCUCUCGCCCCACUAGUCGAGCGCUGUGUUCGAAGGGUCACGAGUUCUAAUCUAGACAACUUCACUCUCGAGAAUGAACUUCCCGGUGCGAUCUCGAGUGACAUUAAAGCACGGAGACUCAACCAGCAGGGUGCGAAUGAGAAGAAGAUUCGGAAGAUCUUAAGAGCUCUAGACUGCAACGAUGUCGAAUUGGUUAAAUUGCUGCUGGAGGAAUCGGAUAUCACGCUAGACGAUGCUUAUGCUGUGCAUUAUGCAGCUGCAUAUUGUAACUCUAAGGUAGUGAAUGAAGUGCUCGGGCUUGGUAAGGUGGAUCUGAAUCUCCGCAAUGCACGAGGGUACACGGUGCUCCACGUGGCUGCACGACGCAAGGAUCCCGCGAUUAUAGUGGCGAUACUGGACAAGAGUGGAGCCUCGAUUCGAGAUGCCACGUGCUCUAAUGGCCACACUGCUGUUACGAUUUGCAGGAGGUCUACUAGGCCGAAGGAUUAUAACAAGACAACCGAGGAAGGAGAGGAGAAGAACAAUGAUAGGCUCUGCAUUGAUGUUUUGGAGGGAGUGAUGAUGAACGGGAAUCCCGUAUCGUUGCCAUCAUCCACCACGCUCGAGAAUGAUUUGGUUAUGGAGCUUUACUUCCUUGAAAACCGAGUGGCAUUGGCAAGGAGGUUAUACCCUCGUGAAGCGAGAAUAAACAUGGAAAUAGCACAUGCAGAUUCGACCUUAGAAUUCGUUGGCCUUUCUGGAAUGGAGGGGUUGUGUGGAAAUCUCAAAGGGGUUGGUUUGACUGGAUUGCCACCUGACCAAGUUAAAAGGCUCAUGGAGCGCCGGGAAGCCCUUAAGAAAACCGUGGAGUUAGGGCGGCGUUUCUUCCGGAACUGCUCAGACGUAUUGGACAAGUUAACAGCAGACGAUGUUCUUGAUUCUCUUGAAUCUCUGGAGAGUGGCACUCCUGAGGAACAAACAAACAAGAAGAGGCGAUACAUGGAACUUAAGGAGGAAGUGAUGAAAGCAUUUGACAAAGACAUGGCACAGAACCGGGUUGGCUUAUCGUCUUGUUCUUCGUCCUCAACUUCACCCAAGAUGUCUGCAACAUCCAAGGUUAGGAAAAAGAUCAAGUGAGAUAAGUUUUAUUGUUAGGUUUAAUUUCCAAGUGUUCUAAUAUGAGGAGUUUUAUAGGAUUCUAAAUAUAUACCUAAAGAAUUCUUGUGUGUGGGCAUGGAUGUUAUUUAGUUAAUUUCACUUUUUGGUGCUAAGGCAUACUAACAAUUUCAGAUUUAUUACUU